CGCCACUGCCAUUCGAUCACUUGCUAUCUGGAUCUCUUCCACCGCCGCUCGCUGUUGUCCAGAUCUCAUCUACCGCUAGCCGCUGCUUCUGUUCAGAGCCUUUUUCAUACCCAUUACCAGAAACAUGACAACAACAAUCACCAAGUUUGCUCACUUACAAAUUCCACUUGAAGACGUACUAAACGCCACCAAUAACUUUCAUGAUGAUAACAUCAUUGGUCGUGGUGGAUUUGGACCAGCAUACAAAGGACAACUCCAGCGGUCCGGGAAGUUGAUCAAGAUUGCUGCAAGGAGGUUAGAUCGUACGCAUGGUGAAGGACACGUUGAGUUCUGGACAGAAAUUUCAGCGCUUUCAGAUCUCAAGCAUACAAAUCUGGUCUCUAUCAUUGGAUUUUGCAAUGAGAAAGAUGAGAAGAUCAUCAUAACCACAUAUGCAGCCAACGGAAGUCUCCAGGAGCAUCUAAACAACCCCAACCUCACAUGGACACAAAGAUUGAGGAUAAGUGUUGGUGUGGCUCGUGCGUUGAGUUACCUCCAUUAUGAUGAGAGACGUGGUUAUGGUGUUAUACACCGUAACGUUAACAGCUCCACAAUUUUAUUAGACGAGAAUUGGGAAGCUAAGUUAUCCGGUUUUGAAAUAUCCAUCAAACAAGCAGUUAACCGAAUGGACCAGAUCACCCUUUCUGAACCUAUUGGCACAAUAGGGUAUAUGGAUCCAGAAAUUGGAAAGACCAAAGGUGUGACCUGCAAGUCGGAUAUCUAUGCAUUCGGUGUUGUUUUGUUCGAAAUAUUGUGUGGGAGGAGAGCAUAUAUUAAGAACGAUGCUAAUAGGUUACUAGCUACAUUGGUCAUGCAUCAUUAUGAAAUGGAAACAUUGCCCGAUAUAAUCCAACCCGAUCUAAAGAAUCAAAUUUCCAAAUAUCAAAUAUCCGUAAGAUCACUUAGAAUAUACUCAGAAACGGCAUAUUCUUGCCUAAAGGAAGAGCGAUCACAUCGCCCACAUAUGCUCAAUAUUGUUAGCGAACUUGAGAAAGCCUUGGAGAAUGCAUUGAAGUUUCAACCACGACCUGAAAAUUUUGUAAGACUUUUUUGGCUUUUUUGUUUUUCAUUAUGCCUUUAAGUUCAUUUCCCUUUGUUCUUAAUUUGUUUACUUCAAAGAUUAUCACUU